AUGGCAAAAUAUAGUGUAUAUUCUGUUUGGACUUCGUGGGUAGCCAUUUGUUGCUUGUCAAACUGCCGCUACGCUCAGGCUAGAGAAGCCUCCUACAUACUCUCGUUUUCAUUUUAUUGUUCUACCGACAGCAGCAACAGCAACAUUAGCGGCGGUACGGCUCUGCAGCUGGUUGCCGCCGCUCCUGCGCUGCGGUGCCUCACGGCUUUGGUGUGGAUUCAGUCCUCCUCAUCACCGGCACGGACAGCAACGGCAGAAGCCGAGGACAACACUCUGGCUGCUGCAGCGUCGUCGCUUCGUGCAUUAUUGCCUGUUGCAGUUGCUGCAACCGAGUUUGCACUUGCCUCGCCUUCUCUCGUUGUUCGAAGGGAGGCGGCGCGGAGUUUGUUGUCGAUGUCGCUUCCACUAGGGGAGACAUUCUGGGGAGCCACAAUCGCAGCAGCUGCUUCUGCUGCGCCAUCAAAAGUGGUAGCAGCAGCCACAGGACCUGUAGUAGGAGAUCCGCAACUGUCUCUCUUUAUUCUGGAGUGUCUGAAUUCGGAAUGUGAUGCGCUGCAGAGGCGGCAGCUUCUGCAGCUGCUGCUGCAGCAAGUCCGAAUAUGGGGGCCAAGGAAUCCCAGGCAGUGGAUAUUGCUCCUUACAAUGUUGUGCUGCAAGUGUGUUCCUGCACCGACUCCUACCACCCAGCCGCUCUCCACCUUGCGGUCCAGCAGCAGCAUAAAUGACGCUAGAGCAGCUGGCUUGUUGCAACGAGCUCAGCAGCUGCUUCCACAGACUUCCCAGGUGCUGCUCUCUCCUCUUGCUACAGCGCGCCCUCUACCAGCCCUGACAGGCUUUGUUUGGAGACCCCUUCCAGGUGUAUCUGCACCGGAAAGAGUACAACACCAGGAUGAAAGUUGUACCGAUGUGAACGACAGCAGCGUCAACAACUGGAGCGGAGGGGAAGUGCAUCCAAUUGUGUGCUCUGCUGCAGCAGAGUGUCUCGAGUUGCUGCUGACCCUCCCGGAGCUCCAGCAGCAGCAGCAGCAGCACUGGAUCGUUCCUCCUACUGAUGGGUAUCAGGCAAAGUACGCUGAAGUUGAGGCAGCAUCGCUGGGAGGACCUCUUCUGGUUGAUUGCCUGCCUUUGCUUUUCCGCGCUGCGUGCCAGCUCCUAUGGCAGGGGACACAACGGCACCAGCGUCAAAAACAACAGCUAAAUGGAAUAUCCAGCGACGAGGAGAUUUCGCUUUGUCGUCGCGGCUUGAGGAUUUUGCUGCUGCUGUUGAAGCGGCUGACUGGAGUUUGUUCGGGCUGCACGACCACCCAGUUGCGCGCAGCUCAGCAGCUGCAGCAGCACGAGGUGGCCGUCUCCUCCGCGGUUUCUGCGCUGCUGCGUGGUUAUGCAACGCCUAUAGCUCCUGAGCGACAUGAUGUGCCAGAAGCAGCAACAGCAGUAGCAGCAGCGUUAGCUGCAGCAGCAGGAUAUAUGGCUCAAGCACAACACCGAGCUGCGUUGCUGCGUCUCAAGGCAGCUGCAACUGGUGGAGAUGUAGUUCAGGAGGAGCAAUAUCAGCAGCAUCACCAACAACGGCUGUGUGAUCAAGAACAACGGGCACAACUUACGGCUAUGGCGCUGGAGGUGAUGGCAAGGUUCGCUGAAGCCGGUUGCUGCCUUAGCCCUUGGCGUUUAGUGGGGCAGCUGCUGCUGCCCCUGGGAGACGUAGUGCAUUCAGCAUCAGAUUUGGUGGUAGCAGCUUCAGCAACAACGCCAGCAGCAGAUCCAUAUGACUGGCUGGUGCGCCGCCGCCUUCUUCUGGCUUGUCGGUUGCUAGGCCAUAUUACGGCAGGUGCAGCGCCCAGUGAUGGUGCUGCACAUUCCACCCGUGCUGCGGCAGUCUUCCUGGAGCAACAUCACCAGUGGGUUGCAGCAAUAGAACCCUGCGCCGUUCCCCUGGCGCUGCAUCUCAUGGCAUGCCUACUGAAGCGUCAUCGUGAGCGAGAACAGCAGGUUGAGCAGUGGCACCAGGACCAGCAACAACAAGAGGCGCAACAGCUGCUAAAGGGGCUGGCUCUGCUGUGUCAUCCACUUUCCACAGGAGGUGGGGAGAAGCGAGCUGCUGCAGCGUCAGCCGCAUUUGCUGCGCUUUCAGCAGCUUCGCGUAGCAGCACCGCAAGAAGAACAGUAACUGCGCCGGAAGAAGCAGCAACAGCACCCACACUUGCAUUUCCUGAGGCGUGCUGCCCUGUUUUGAACGGUUUGGCAGAUGCGCUAAUUCAGCCCGUGGAGACAGCAAAAUCUUCACGUGAAUCUUGCCCUGCUGCAGCAGACUGGCCAGAGGCGGCAGCAGACGAGAUGUGCUGGAGGUUAGAGUCGAUCGGCACCAUGCUGUUGUGUCUUUGCUUCCCACCAGAUCCUGAGCAACAGCAACAACACCAGCAGCCACAUCAACAGCAGCUGCAGCCGCAGCAACUCGAUGAAGACGAUUGGGCAGAGGACUGGAUCGGAGCAGACAGCCCAACCCGUUCCCAUGGCGCCACAACUGCCCCUGCUGACGCCUCCACCGUUGAGGCAUCCGAAAAUUCGACGGGUGCUGUGUGGCUCUAUCCCGAAACAUUACGCCGGGCCUGUGAGGCUGCAGGGCGUCUGGCAGCAGCAGCAGCAGAGGCUGCGGCAGCAGCUUCAGGGUUGAAGACACAUUAUCAUUGUGGAAGUGGCGGUGGUGGUGCUGUUUCUAGUUCAUUAGAGCAUGGCAAAAGCCAUUCUAGCGGGGGUGAGGAGACAAAGUCUGCUGCAAUCGAAGCAGCCCAAAAGGUAGAGCUGGGAGCCACACCGGCGGCUGUGGGCGCAGCGGGAAAGAUCGUCUAUGGCUGCAUUUGCUUCCUCUGGAAACUCGCCGGUGCACUGAAGCAAAACCCAGCAGUUUUAAGCGAAGAGGCCGCAGCCUUCGCUUUUUUCGCAUCGAUGCGAGAUACCUCAGCAGCUGCUCUUUGGCUGCCUUCAGAUUCAGCGCCGCUGCCAGCAGUAGAAUUGGAGGAAAAACUACGUGGCAGUAUGCGUGGAGCUGCUCUGUCCCUGCUGCAGCGUGGUUUCUCCGUUGUGGCUGUGAUUCCCUCGGCGCCUGCAGCUGCCUCUGCAGUCUCGCUCUUGCUGUCCCCCCUGGAGAUCCCCACUUUUCUCUCGUGUUUUUGCAAUGGAACAGCAAGCGGUGUCUCUCCACUUGAGGCCAUGCACCUGCUGCGUAGCCUGUACGAGACAGCAGCCCGCGCUGCUGGCGCCGUCGCAGCAGCAGCAGCAGGGAGGACUUCAAAGACCAAAGACACAGAAGCAACUGCACAUGCUGCCAACACCAGUUUACUAGGACACUGCGCGGGUCUGGUUGAGUCAGCCGUCGCAAGUUUCACGGGAAAUGCAGAUUUUCUGGGAACCCCGCCAGCAGCAGCUGCCGCUACAUCCACUGUUUCUUCCUGUGCAGCAGGGGAUACUGAAGGCGUAUUGGCUCUCGCUGCAGCGCUUGUCGCUGUAGACGCCCUUGCUUUGACUAAUGGCCCCUGGAACAGGAGGGCCAUGAACGAACAGGAAGAACAGCAACAGCAGCAGCCGGGAUGGUGCGCACGCAUAGGGACUGCUUUGCAGCGACUGAGUGAGUUUGCAUACUUAGCUGAUUCACUUAGGAACCAUGCAGCGCUUGCACCAGCAGCAAAGACACCUAAUUCCGCUGGAGCAACGGGGUCUCGGGACAUCGUAACGACGGCAGAAACACUACCCCCAGCUGCAACCCGUACAAACCCUAAUUCGUCAGGUAAGAUCACGGCAAACGAGCGAGAAGGCGCGGCAGACACCGCGUUGGUAAUGGAAAGCUCAUCAGCAACUGCAACAGCACUUACUGAAGCACAAGCGGAAGCAGGCACAGAAGCAGCCGUAGUGCAUUGGCCAGCUUCUUGCCAGCAUGCUGCAGCGCAGCUGCGAGGGUUUUUGCUGCGCAUUGCCCGUCUCUACAAUCAGUCUGCAGCUGCAGGACCCGAUUCUUUCCCGUGUCUUCUUGCAGCGGCAGCAGUCUCCAGUCUGAUGCCUGCGCUGACCCCAUACCCCUCCGUGCCCCCUAGAGGUGGCACCAGGAGGACCUGCAGCAAGGGCGGCAGAAGCUACCGCGUUAGCAAGACUCAAUUGUCUACAAUAGAAGCACAGCAGAACCACCCGCUAAAGACCUUAGAAGAAUUCUUGGUGGAACUAUCCCCUCAAAAUAGCACCGCCUUCGGCGGCAGUGACCUAACGCCUCUUUCUCAGGUACUUGUAGCCGCUCUGAGUUCUGUAAUUGCUGGGGUUUUAAGAAUUCAAGCUGAGGCGUGCUUAUCACCAGACGAGGGAGCGGCGGGAUCAGGAGAAGCUGCACCAGCUGGACUGGAGACGGAGACCAUAGGAACAGCAACAGCGCGAAACUCCGCUUCGGCGCGAUUAGAGUCACGGGCUGCUACAGCAGAGGAUGUUGCACCAGCGACAGCAGCAUCCGAAGUAGAAACUGAAACAGCAGCACCAAAGUCAGCAGUGGCCUCGCCAGAGUCUCUAGCCGUUGCAUGCACAGCUGCGGCUACAGAGACAGCAGCGCUACCAGUAGCAUCACUUGUCACAGACUCAGCAGCAAUAGCAGCAGCACAUUUAGCAGCACUAGAAGCAACAUCGGAUUCAGGAGCCCCAAGCUCUCCAGCAGGUGCAAAAACGCCGCCGUCUUCAGAAGCUGCAGCGAGACCCGAGUCGGCAGGAGCUGCAGAGGAGGAGCCUGCACCUGCAAAGGCGCCCAGCUCAACACCAUCAGGGACAACGGAAACGAAGGAGCCAUCAGCAGCAAGGAGAUCCGCUUACCUUGCUGCUGCCGCGAGCCUUUUGUAUCUUGCAGUAUCUAGGCACCCGGUUGUCUCUGCAAGGGCUAUUCAAGCGGCAACUGAAGCGGUAGGAGAGCCCGCUUCUGCAGGUUGCACACAGCUGGUGAAGGCAGCAGUGGCCCGUCUGCUGCAAGAAGAGUUAAAGCGGCGGCACCAUGGGAGGCCGUAA